CCAUCUCUCAGCCCUUUACUCCUGGAAGCCUUUCCCGCACUUUUUAGGGGGUUAACACCCCAUGCAUGGUCACCGCUUGUCACUGAAGCUGCGGGAAUGGGCAUCCGUGUCCCCAUGGGGCUGGGGGGAUUUUUCAUCGGGGGCCAUGGAGCUUUCGGCCAAUGAGCUCAGCAUUUAUGACAAGCUAUCAGAGACGAUUGAUCUAGUGAGGCAGACUGGCCACCAGUGCGGGAUGUCAGAAAAAGCCAUUGAGAAAUUCAUCAAGCAGCUCUUGGAAAGAAACGAACCCCAAAGGGGACCUCCGCGGUACCCUAUCUUAGUGGCUCUCUACAAGGGCCUGCUCACACUGGGAUUGGUCUUGCUGACUGUUUACUUUGUGAUCCAGCCAUACAGCCCGCUGCCGCCUGAAGCUCCGCUCUCCAGAGUCCAUGCCUGGGGCUCCCUCAUCGGUCACAUCCGGCUGCUCUCUCUGCCCAUUGCCAAGAAGUACAUGCUCGAGAAAUGCCAGGACUGGUGGGCAGCAGGUUGCAGACAGAACACUUCUAUGCUUCCCGCAAACUGCACGGUCUGUUCUGCUGUGAAAAGCCUUCCAAUAGUGACAGACUUCGGAGAACUAUCAGAAAAGUUCCAGAGGUCUCAGCCCUUUCUAAUCAAGACAGGGCAGCAUCUCUCCUAUGAAGAACUGAAGCAUUUUCAGUCCCAGGAUCCAGACCUGGCAGAGGUUAUAAUAGAAGAAAAUUCAGCUGAAUUGUGGAGCUGCCCAUUUUUCUUUCCCUGGAACAAAUCUGUGAAUAAAACUCGGAUUCUGCAGGAAUUUUUCCCCACUUCCUCUUUGCUGUCCUUCCCCAAGACAGUGUCCCUGGAGAGCUGCUUCCUCAUCCGCCAUCCAGAUUUGGGGAAUAAGAGCUACAGUUUGCACAGCCUCUUUGCUGUUGGAAGCGGACAGCUCACCCUGACUGUUGUACCUCUGGACAAGUGCAGGGGACACUGUGAGAUGUUCAAGGUGGAGCUGGAAGCUGGAGAUUUGGGUUAUGCCAGCGCAGAUUACUGGACAAUGAGCUUCAUGGCCAAAGGGACGGAGCCGGCGGUUGUUUGUGAUGGAGCUGCUAGCUAAGGACGGUGGGGUGGGAGAAGAGAGCUGUUUCCAGGACAAGAAGACUUUCAGCUUUGAAGCCAAGGCAACGUCUUGAAAGAGAGAGAGCUGGGGCAACUGGGGCAGGCAGCUUUGCCACCCUGCAUGUUUACAGUGUUUAAAAAUGACUGUUUUCCUGACCCUUGAGGUAAUUCUUUGCCUUUCCUCAAAUGUAUUUUGGGAGAAGCUCAAGCUAUUUAUGACCUUCCCUGUCCCCUCAGGUAAGCCCUGGGUUUGCAGCAAAGGGUUUUUUCCAGGAGCAACAGAGGGAUUUCUCAGGAUGAGAUUCACCUUGUGUCCUUUGUGGAUUAUGGCACUUCUGAAACUUCCUGGGGGGUUUGGGAGUGGAGGGGAUGUGUGACAUUUCUGUGUACAUUCCUCCUGAGGAGGAGGCUUUGAGCCUGUCUUGUCGGGCCAGCUCUAUAAAGGGAAUGAAUUGGUGAUGUGUCCCAACUCCACCCCAUCUCUCCAUCACGUACAUAGCUGUGUGCCUCAGUAGCGUGCCCCGCAAAGCCGAUCUCAGCUCCGUGCUCCAGGGCUGAGAUGAGCCUUGCAGCCUAAGGGCAGAGACCCUCACCCACCGCGUCAUUCUUGUACCAGAAGAAUCUGUUCAGGCCUCUUCUUUGUGUCUUGUGAUCACUCUUCUGCGGUUCUCUAUCAGCAGGUUGUGAGUGAGUCAAAGAGUAACUGUGCUUUCUUUUUUUUCUCCACCUCCUUUCCUACAAAAAUGCCGAUGCGAGUUUUAGUGGUGAUGGUGCUGAGAGUGCAGUAGUUCUGGAUGGAGAUGGGGCUGGGUGCAGCCCUGUACAAGUUUCAUCUUCUGAUUGUGCGCCUAAGACACCAGGGCUGCAUGACCGUUUUCAUAGAUUCCUUGCUUUGAGAGGUGCUGCCUGUGUUCCCGGCCCAGGGUACCUACGGGUGCACCUGAAAGCUUCCUCAUCCCUGGCAUUUUCUACAUCGACUCCUUCCAGACCUGGAACUCUAUCUUCAGAAUGAACGUUGGUUUUUCCUGAGUCUUUUCCAAGCUGCCUUCGCAUGCUUCCUGUUGCUUGAGCACUGCUUUAUCCAAUGCCCUGAGAGAGGCUCGGUUUCAGUGUUUGCAGGCUGCGGAUGCUGCGGUCCCUUCCAAGUCUGAUCCUUUGGGUCUGAUCCUGCUGUUGAAGAUCACUUACAGAUGUGUCAGGCUGAACUCAUAGGCUGGGGCUGGGGUUCAGGACAUACUCUCACACUUGUUAAUAUGGAACUGGGAGGGGUUUUGUUUGAAAGCAAGUUAACUCUGUUCUCGGGAGCGAGAACCUUUUUCCUCUGUAAAUAUUUUAGGUAUGCGUAAAAUGACAGAUUGGAAAAAUGUCUAUUUGUUUUUGAGCAAGACCAGGAGAAUGGGAGCAAACGUCGUACUAAUCUUAUUAGGGUCUGACAAAAGCUGCCAAGUGGGAUGACCACGUCUGGCUCCUGUACAAGGAUAAGGCAGAGGACAGUUCCCGCUCCAAAGAAUUUAGUCUGAGGCCUUGACACUACAAACACUUCUAUGCAUAACCCUUGUUUUUCUCCUGUCAACGAGUAAGAAGAACCCCAGCACCCGUGUCAGUCUGUGUGCAUGGCCCUCAACACUGGACCAACACGCACCAGAUCUAGUAGAACCAAAGGGGGAGAGCCUGACUCUCUCAGGACAGAAAAGGACUAAUUUAAUUUGUAGCAAAAUAUUAAAGAGAAUUGGAUUAAUAAGACUUCUGUUAGUAUUGUUAAUGCUUGGGGUGUGUUUUACACUUGUGACAGUACAUGCAAUCCUGUCCAUGCCAAGACACACACACACCGCUCCUCUCCCUCCUCUUAAAGCCUGGGUCUUAGUUCAUGGAAAUUCGGGAGUUUGAUGGUGGCGGAAUUAGGGCCUCAUUAGUGACUGUUGCUAUUUACACUUUGGCAGCUUCUCAAGUCAAAUUCAAAGGCUGACAAGGUUACUUCACCUCUUACUGGUUUUGUACCUGAUCCAUUUCCGUAAAGCAUUUGGUUAGAGAUGCAUGGGGAGAGAACCUGCUGGACCCAUUAUUGCCGAGAUUGCGGGUGGUUUGGUGAUGCGGUUACUUCUAAGUGUCCUUGAAUGUAACUUGUGAAAGAGCUGCGGAGACAAUUCUCAAGUGUCUGUGAAAUGCCUGUAUUUUGUGAGUUGCGCUUAAGCCGUUGUGGCUGUCCGGCUCCUUUGGGAAGAAGCAGAGAAGAUGGAUCUAUUUAUGGUUGCUGUUUAGA